GUGAGGGGAGCGCGGCCGGGCCCCUGAUAGGCCCCGAGGGAGCAGCAGGGCCCUGGCACGGAGGAGCCAGGACACCCUGCUCAGGGCUGCCGGCGCCCAGCCGGGGUUGAGGGCCCCUUCUAGCCCUGGGCUGAGCCCUGGCCCUGCUCCCCCGCUGCCACCCCGGGGGGCCGAGCCUCCCCCUCUGCCCUCCAGCCCUCUGUGCCUUCCCUGCCGCUGUCGGCGGCCGUGACGCCUGCCUGCAGGGCGUCCUUCCCUUCAGGAGCACCCCAGCCACCUUUGGUGCCGGUGACUGUGCCCAAGGAGCUCUGUCCCCGGCACCCGUGCCCGGGGGGACUGGGGGACAGACACGGGGUAUACCGGAGCCAGGGAAACUGUCUGCCCCAGAACUCCACCUGACCAUGGGUUGUUUGGCACCUGCAGUCUCCUCAGGAGCUGCUCUGAGCCUGUUGAGUGGUCUGUAAUUCCUGCCGGUUUUGUGGGAUGUGCUGGGUAGCAAGGAAGAUGGCUGCAAACUACACUGUUCCUGCAAGGCCUUCAGGUCCCCUGGGACUGCGACCCUGGGCUGAGCCUACGCAGCUGUAACAAAAGCAGAAGCAGUAAUGUAAUCAGCCAUUUUGUCCAAGCUCAAUGAAAACCGUGUCAGAGAUGGUGCUGUGAGAGGCUCCUUGCCUCUCUGCAAAUAGCACCGUUCUCCAGGGAGAGGCAGGUGGACAGGGCUUUCCUCCUGGCCCGGGGCAGAGGGUGACUCUGACUGCCUGUCGUGGUGUUUCCCCGGUUGUGUGGACACGUGUGGCUGCACUAGGCAAGGUGCCAGCUGCUUUGCUUUUGAAGAGCUUUCCAGUUUGUGGGUGCAUCUCCAUUUCUGGCAUAUUUCCAUGAAUAAACACAAAAAUCUUCUGCUCCCAUUUAGCCUCCUGUUUAGUGAAAUGGCCACGCUGAGUGUAAAGCCAGGACAGCGGUUCACCUUGCCGGACUGGCACACCAACUCCCAUCUUAUCUCGGCUGAUGCUGAACGCCAGCGUUCUGCUUCCCACCAGGUCCGGCAGGAAGCCCAAGCUCUCCGCAAUGAAACCAACAACCAGACAAAAUGGGAUGAGCAUGACAACUGCACCCGCCUGGCUGAACGUAUCAGCAGCGUGAACAGAUGGAAAGAGACCCUGGACAAAUGCCUUGCAGACAUAGACGUGGAAAUCGAUGCCUUAGCCAAAGUGAAGGAAGCAGCAGAACGUGCCCUCCAGGCAAAGAACUUGCCUUUGGACGUUUCCAUCGAGUGCCUGACGCUCCGUGAGAGCCGCCGCGCCGUCGAUGUGGUGAGGGACCCUGUGGAGGAGGAACUGCACAAGGAGGUGAAGGUGAUAGACAAAGCUAAGAGAGAACUGCAGCAGAGAGUGAGUGAAGCCUUCGAACAGCUCUGCCUCUUACAGGAAGCUCGCCAGCAGCUGAGCUGUGACCACCGGUGCAAGGUGGAAGCGUUGGAAAUAGAUCGUGUGUGCUUAUCCCUCAGCGUGAACUCUCCCAACAUCUCCUUCAAGGUCAACCCAACACGGGUCCCAGACGGAUCAACUGCGCUUGAUGAGUGGGAACAGAACAGCCAAUGUAACAAGGAGCAUGCUGAGGCAGAAAUGAAAGCCUCAACUGAGCUGCGAGAAGCAACAGGCCUUGCCAUUGCACAGAUAAACAACGAGCUGGAGGCUCAGCGCGUAGCUACAGAGUUUGCCUUGCGCAAGAGGAUUAGAGACCUGGAAAGAGCCUAUGACGAGCUGAAAUGGCAAGAGCAGAAUACCUUGGAGGAAAUUGCUGAGAUGGAGGAGGAGAUCCGACGCUUGGAGGAAGACCUUCGAAGGAAAACGCAAGAUGUGAAAGUGGCGCACACACGCCUGGAGACCCGCGCGUAUCGGCCCAGUGUGGAGCUCUGCCGGGACCAGGUCCAGUACGGGCUAACGGAUGAGGUUCACCAGCUGGAGGGAACGAUCCGUGCGCUCAAACAGAAGCUAGCAGAGUCGCAGGAUGCCUUGGAUGCUCUUUACAGACAGCUCCACCGCAUUCGGACAGAUACUGGCCACAAAGCCAACUCCCUGGUGCUGGACAACAAGUGCAUGGAGACCCGGAGAAAGCUCAUGGUCCCUGCCGAGAAAUUUGUGCCCAAGAUUGACACUUUCAACCGGACCACGAACCGCGCGCUCUCCCCGCUGAAGAACGGGCAGCUGGAGUGAGCUUAGCGCGCCGGGUAGCGUCGUGCCACGAGCCGCACCGGGGAGAAAGCUACCAGUGACUCAGUUCCGUUAGCGAGGAAAGCAGACAUCUGUGUCGUGUUAGGAUAAUGUAACUCUCCUCCCUCCUCCUCGCUUGUUGUAUAACUAACUGUCCCCUUGUGCGAUGUUUAUGGCCUCCUGCGCUCCCAGGAGCGUUAUAAACAAUAAAGAGUCUGUC